GUCUCAAACUUCUGACCUCAGGUGAUCCACUUGCCUUAGUCUCCCAAAAUUCUGGGAUUACAGGUGUGAGCCACCGCACUUAGCCUCAGUUGAUUUUAUGAAAACUAAAUUACCCUAAAAAAUGUGAAUGAGACUUUUUGAAUCAGUUGAAGACCUUUGGGCAAACUAUGAGGCUUCCAAGGCAAGAAAAUAUUCUGCCUCAAGAUGACAGUAGCAACUACAGAUUAGGUUACCAGUCUGUCAGUCUGGUCUACAAAUAUUAGACUGAUGACUGCAACAUUGUGACUUUCCAGCCUGCCAGGCUGCUGAGGUGUAAUAUGUGACAUCAAUAACUUAAAAUUAGGGGUGGAAACAGACGUAAAGAAGCAGAGUUUUCUUUUCUUUCUUUCUUAUUUUUUUGAGGAGGGACUUGAUCCACUGCUGGCUAUGAAGGCCAUGAAGGUUUGCCCCAGAAAGUGGAAACUUCAAGUGCUGGAUUCAUGGGAUGUUGAUGAAAGAAGCAGAGUUUUCAUAUGUGAUUGAAGUUGGUUUGAAUUCAAGAUUGUUAUAACUAUAUUGCUACAUGUAAUACCACAGUAAUCACAAGCAAAAUAUUCAUAAAAUAUACACAAAAGAAAAUGAGACUGCAAUUAAAACAUAUCACUAGAAAAAAACCACAGGAUCUGAGAGCUGCGUCGGAUGGCUGGGCAGCCAUGGCAUCCUAUUUCAAUAAACACAAGUGUGAGCCAUUGGACCCCGAGCAGGAGACUCGAACCAACCUGCUGCUGGAGCUCGCAAGGUCACUUUUCAAUAGGAUGGACUUUGAAGACUUGGGGUUGGUAGUAGAUUGGGACUACUACCUGCCUCCAUCAGCUGCCAAGACUGUUGUGAACCUCCCCAGGAUAGUCAUCAGAGGCUCUCAGCCUGAGCUCAAGUGCCCCGUGUGUCUUUUGGAAUUUGAGGAGGAGGAGACUGCCAUUGAGAUGCCUUGCCAUCACCUCUUCCAUUCCAGCUGCAUUCUGCCCUGGCUAAGCAAGACAAAUUCCUGUCCCUUGUGCCACCAUGAACUUCUCAUUGAUGAUGACACUUAACGCUGAGCACAGAUGAGAUAAGGUUUGAAAACAGCAGCAGCAGCAUCGACUGGAGAACCUUCAGGGAGCCAUGUACAUGUUAGGAGGCUGGGGCUGAGCGCCGGCCCUCUGUGUCUUCGUUACAAACCUUGAAUCUUCAUUAAAGGUUUCUUUACCAUCCACCCCAAAAGAAAAAAUAAACACAAAGGAAGGUUGGAAUAAAGGAGAUGAGGGCUGAAAGAGUUAUAAGAUAUGCAUAAAACCAACAUCACAAUUACAGAAGCAAGUCCUUCUUUAUCAGUAAUUAUUUGAAAUGUAAAUGGAUUGAACUCUCCAAGCAGAACUCAAAGAUGAUCACAAUGGAUAGAAUAAAAAGAGUCUUGUUGUAUGGUGGCUACAAGAUCCUCACUUUGGACCUAAGGAAACACACAAGUUGAAAGUGGAAGGAUAGAAAAGAUAUUCAUGAAAAUAGUAACUAAGAAUUUUUUAUGAUCUCUCAUAGGGUUCUAUGUGAUGCACGGGCUCAGAUGAUGGCCUGGGAGUUUUACAUGGUUUAGGGUGGAAGUGAAAGAAACCAGAUGCAGGCAGGAUGGUUAAUAGCAGUGCCUAGAACUGAGAUAACCAUGCUUCUGUCACAUUUAUUGACUAAUAUAUCAGACCUGUUUAUGUUUCAGAGGGUGGAGAGGCCUGACCUCUUGAUAAGGGAGUGGUGGGUUAAACUAGUAUGAUGGAAGAUAUUUUUGCAGCCUUCUUUGGAAAAUACAUGCAAUCCAAAACAUCUAUUUGCCAAAAAGGAAGACCACCAUCACAGCUUACCUACCCCUCAAGUCUAAGCCCUGUGAUUCUAUAGUAUCCUGAGGAAGGAUCAUGUCUUGGGAAGUAGGUGUGGAGUCAAAGCUGUAAAUAAAGCCCCAUAUACAGCCACAA